GUCACUACACACUCUCCCUCCCUGUCCUGUCUGUUACUGCUCUCUCUCCCUCCCCGUCCUGUCUGUUACUGCUCUCUCUCCCUCCCCGUCCUGUCUGUUACUGCUCUCUCUCCCUCCCUGUCCUGUCUGUUACUGCUCUCUCUCCUGUCAGUUACUGUACCCAAUCCCUGUCUCUCGUCAGUUACUGCACUCACUCACUCACUCUCUCUCUGUCUCUGUCUCUGUCUGUCUCUCUCUCUCUCUCUCUCCCUGUCCUGUUUGUUAUUGCUCUCUCUUACUGCUCUCUCUCUCUCCCGCUAUCCUGUGUGUACUGAACCCUCUCUUGCACUGUCUGCAUGUUUCCUUUUCUCCUACUUUCUGAUGUGUGUCUGUGUUGGCCCAUUUCAACCGGGAUCUCCUCCCCAGCCUGACGUCAAUGUCCCGGGGCGGUGCACACACACGGAGAGAGGGUCAGAGAGUCGGUAGUGGCCUGAGCUGGGCGCUGAGAUGGCCGGCAGCCUGGCCUUACAGAGUUCGCAAUGGUUCCCCAGCCACGUCCAGGUCACCGUGCUGAGAGCCAGAGGCUUGAGAGCGAAAGGCAAACACAACAGCAGCGAUGCGUUUGCUAUCAUCCAGCUGGGCAAGGAGAGAUACUGUACCUCGGUGCUGGAGCAGAGCAGGGACCCUGAGUGGAAGGAGGAGUGUGUCUUCGAGGUUCUCCCAGACUGGUUGCUGGACGGUGAAGGAGGGGGACAUGGAGCAGGCAAGGAGCUGCUAAUUACCAUCAUGCACAGGUCCCUGCUGGCCAUGGACAAGUUUCUGGGACAGCUCGCCCUGCCCCUGGCUGCAACCUACCGGCACAAGACCAGCAGAAAACCAGAGUGGUACAAGCUGUCUUCAAAACCUGGGCAGAAGGAGAAGGAGCGAGGAGAGAUUCAGGUGAUCGUACAGUUUGUGCGCAACAACAUGACUGCCAGCAUGUUUGACCUGUCCUCCAAGGAAAAGCCCCGCUCGGCUCUGGGGAAACUGAAGGACAGGGUGAAAGGCAAGAAGAAGCAUGAUAACCCUCUGAUGGCCGAGUCUUCAUCUGCCAUUGUGCCGAGCAGCGUGGGGCAGAUCAUCAGCGACGAGGAGUUCAAUGAGAAAGAGACGCCGCAGAAAAGACCCAAGAAAGGUUUCUUCUCAAAGCCCAAACUGCAUAGGUCAUCGCUGACCAAGUCCAACAGCUCGCUCUGCUCCCAGCAAAGUGUGAAGUCCCUGGAAAGUGUCAGCAGCGGUAGUGGGGCUGUGGCAGUAAUGUCCCCUCAAUCCACUGAAGCUCCAUCUGGGUUCCAUCCUCUGCGUAAUGAAACAAUAGAUGACAAUCUGUCCUUACCUAAGAAAAUGACGCACAAGCGAGCGCUUAGUGACGAGGUUGGCCAAGUCAACGCACCCCACAUCAAAGGCCUCGCACCAAAGACAAGCCCAUUGUCCAGGUCAUCACUCUGCAUCAAUGGGAGCCACGUCUACAAUGAGGAGUCUACCUCCAAAUCACCCUCUGGUUUAUCCCCAGAAUUGAUGUCCCUCUCCCGUUCCUCCCAGGACAUUGAAAGCAAGAGAGAGCCAUCUCCUUGGCCGACUUCCCUGAAUGAGCCUGAGGGCACGUCCAGCAGCCCAGCAAAGGUGGAGACCAAGCUGAUCCCUCCAGUCAUCAGAGUGGCUGAUGAGGAGGGUGACCCAGUCCUAGCUGGAGAUACUCAGAAGAACAUGGAAGUCAGGAGCGCACGCAGUCCCAAGCCCAUGCAUGCUGCUGCUCCCAUUAUCUCCACCGUCGAGCCCGCAAGGAACAUCACAGAUGAGACUAAGAAGGCCAGCAUUUUCCCCUUCGGGAAUGAGAGCAAAGAUUCCGAAAGCAAAAGAUCCCGGACUCCGUCGCCAGUGAGGAAAUGCAGCUCUUUGGCUGAAAAGAGUAAAAGCAGUGGCUGGUUCGUGAAGGAUGCGAAUCACAAACCAAGCUUGGAAGUGUCUCCUAUGGUAGAAACCAAUUCAAAUGCUCCCUCGUUCUUUCCUUGCUUACCAUUGCAUCCUCCUCUUCCAGUUCGUCCUCUGCCUGUUCUUCGUCAUUCUCUUCAUAGUUUCACCAAUCCUGGCUCACCAGAUUGCGCAACUAACACUAACCUUUUCACAACUGCUGAGGAAGUCCCUGCGUCAUCCUCAAAGCCAACUACCAAUCCUUUCUUCAAUGCACUACAGAGUAACCCUUUCUUUGAGGAUCUCUUAGCUGAUGAGAUAUUAAAGUCUCCUCCGUUCACAUCCUCUUUCUCUAGUUUAACCUUUGGGUCUCAAGGUGUACCUGAUGUGUCGGUUCCCUCCUCAAGUACAGCUGAUUCCAGUGAAAGCAAUUUGUUCGCCUUGGCAAAAUCUAUAGCCAAAGAAGAGGUUGCUGCCAACACAGUUCCUGCCCCAGCUUCUACAAUGACCAGAGAAAAGGCGAGCUCCUUCCAAAGGCCAAAGACAUCGGAUCCACUGGUCAGCUCAGAUUCAGCCAUGUGGUCAGCUGUCUUCCCUGUAGUGCCACCUGAUGCUGAGGUUAAAGGUCAAGUGAUGCAUGCACCAUUAGCCCACACAGGCAUCGUGUCACUGGGAGAUUUGAAAGCCACUGCCCCUUUUGAACCUAGAAAAAUGAAAACGCUGUCUAGGGGAGAAGCUGAGUGUUCCUCCAUGUUCAUGCAAGCAGUUGAUCACAAGACUGUGGAAAUGGGUCCUUCAGUUCCAUCUCCAAAUACCACAUCAGUGCAUGUCGAUAACUCUAGGGGCAGCACUUCGAUGAACACCUCUCGACUGCAAGCCAACUCAAAAUGCAAGAGCGAUGCAUCUUCUGAUAAAAUGCUGAAAGGAGCCACUGCAGAGAAUGCAAAACCCCUAGAUGUAAAAACUUGCUCACUACAAGACACUACCCUUUUGCCAUCCAUUGAGCUGCCAUCCAAGGUGGAAGGUAGUGGCCCACCUCCAAUGAGUCAAAAUGCUGAUCUCAACAAAGGACAUGCCUUUGUAUCCGAGCUGAAAACUGAGCUUGAACCAAAGACUGAAUGUAGGUCUUGUGUCUUACACCAAGAAAAGAUUACAAAUAAUCAUAAUGUAGAGAAACUGUCAGCACUGAAGGACAAUGACAGAAACCUAAGGGGUACUGCCAAACACCUGGAGGGCUGGCAGCAUUUUGGAAAUUCUCUGCUAUUGGUAUCUGCACCAGAAAUCACUACAGAUGAUGGUGAAGGGACAAUACAUGCCAAGAAUAGGAAUGCCAACAUUGUGCCUUUAUUUAAAGAUGGCGACGAUAAUAUCCGAGACAAUGUUUGUCUACCCAGUUCCCGAGGUUUCUUCGGCAGAGAUGACAAACAGUACUCUAAGGAUGACCAAUGUGCUGUCACGGUGGAGCGCAAAUUCCAGGAUGUAGACAUUCCCUGUGAGGGUGCAGAGAAGAUUCCAGAGACUACUGAAGCUGAAAAAGAGACGUCUGAAUUCCUUGUCAAAUCAGACACACUGUUUGUACAGAUUGGGCCUCCACCUCCCAAACCGCCCAGGUCGCUUUUGUGCACCAAUCUGGGUUUGGAAGAGAAGAUCCACUUGGUGAAGGAACAGCAAAGAGAAAAGGAGCUACCAUUUGACCUCCCAGAAACUGCAGUGCAAUCAGUAAACUUAGCAGAGCAGCAGUCGGAUCAGAAGUUUGAACAAAAGGCCUCCCUUGUGGUCUCAUGCCCAGCUGCUGAUGAGGUAAAUCCUGAUCGGACUGAUUCCAUUGCCGCGGAGUCUGCAGUGAAGGAGCUUGUGGAUAAUAUUAGACCAUCAAAUGAUGCGGUAACUAAGGGAGAAGCCUCUUGUGGGACCAUUGAGUUGAGUGUAAAUGAGAGGACAGGGGUUGAGCACUAUAAGACCUGUCUUUCUAUGCUCUCACUGGAGGGAAUAAACACAUUGAUUGAUGAUGGAAAUUCAAACAAAUUGGAUGAUUUCCAUCAAACUCUUUCUUUGGGGCUAAUUGAAGGCCACCAGGCUAAGCAACCUGUUAAAUUACAACCCACUUUAUUCAAAACAACUGCUGCUGUGAACUCACUGGAGACCAUCUCACCGGCAGUGGAGAAACCACUAACAGUCCAGAAGAAUUGUAAUGAAUUUCUGAAAGAGGAGACCAGCUCGCUCUGGCCUGAUCGGACUGACCAGACAGAGCUGGACUUCAUAUCAGCUGUUGAAGAACUGCCGCACAAGUCAAGUCCUAUCUUGACCAAGUCACUGGGGAGUAGUAUAGAACUGAAGCCUGAGAUGGGUGGAGCAGCCGGAGAGAGCGCAGGGCCUUCCACGCUGACAGAUUCUGAGGAGACACUAACUGGGAGUAUGGAGGUGGAAACUCAGAAUGGCCGAACCAGCGAUGCUGUGUGUCAAAACAUUGGGGUCAGGCCUUCUCCACGCCGUGAACCUGUGACCCUUGAGGCAGAAAAGGAACGGCGAGCCAGAGGGGAAGAAGCCAACUUGGCUGACCAUUCUCCACCUGAUCUUUGUCCGCCCUUGUCUGUACCAUCCGACGGGGGGCAGAUUUCAGAAAAAGCCAGUGGUGCAGCAUGUAAAAGCGAGCCUUUUGCCCAGAAUGUUGACCUCCAGCCUAUCAGCAAUGGUAGGCCAGUGAUUGAGGGUCGCUCCUUACCUGGGCCUCACACCUACUCUGCUGCCUGUGACUCCUCCUCUGAGGAAGGACUGAGCUUUAAGGAACUCCACCUAAAGGCUGCACCGCAUGUCCUUCAAGUCACUAAUUUCACUGAGGCACCGCUGGCCCAUCCUCCACCAAGUAACAAGCCUUUGGCCUUCUCUACCCCUUACCCUGUGGCUGUAACUAAUUCUAGAGUAACUGAUCUCCCCUCUCCCAUCCUCUUCCCUUCGAAUGUUGUUCCCCUCUCAGCGACCACCCAGCCAGCGGUCACCACCCAUCACUCGCUGCAGUCCAGUGGUUCGAAGGUGCCACCACUUAAGGUUAUGCCCCGGGAGACACAGCCAGCUGAGAUGCGUUCACCUCAGCAGAGAAUCAGGUGA